AUGAAUCCAGAAUACGACUAUCUCUUCAAAUUACUCUUAAUUGGUGACUCGGGUGUUGGAAAGUCAUGUCUGUUGCUCAGAUUUGCGGAUGACACCUACACUGAGAGCUACAUCAGUACCAUUGGAGUCGACUUUAAAAUCCGAACAAUCGAAUUAGAAGGCAAAACUGUCAAAUUGCAAAUCUGGGAUACUGCUGGACAAGAACGUUUCCGAACUAUUACCUCAUCAUACUACCGCGGCGCUCACGGAAUCAUUGUCGUAUAUGAUGUGACUGAUCAAGAUACCUACUCAAACGUCAAGCAAUGGCUGCAAGAGAUUGAUAGGUAUGCUAACGAAGGUGUCAACAAACUACUGGUCGGAAACAAGUCAGACUUAACGACCAAGAAGGUCGUUGAUUACCAAGUGGCCAAGGACUUUUCUGACCAACUUGGUAUUCCAUUCCUGGAAACAUCAGCCAAGAACGCCACCAAUGUCGAACAAGCUUUCUUGACCAUGGCCAAACAAAUCAAGGAUCGUAUGGGUACUACAACAGCAGCAUCUCAAGCGAAACCCACAGUCAAGGUCACUGCUGGCCAAAAUGUGGCACAACCUCAAAGUGGAGGCUGCUGUUAA